AUGGAGUAUUUGUUGGAAACAACUGAGGAUAUCGAGCGGUACAACAGCGGUGGUGAGUUAGGUCCGAGCAUCCCAGAGGCCGUAGAUGACGACUGUGGAGAAGUGGACUGCGCAGCGGCAUUGGAGUUGCUUUUAAAUCAGGUAAUUGUAGGGGAGGAGUCCUUUAAGACUCCAACGAAAGGGAAGGGCAAUGUCUCCAUCAGUAUUCAGAUUGAGGAGGCUGGUGAAGUGGAGAUGGAUGUUGCUUUGCCACCUCCAUCCAUUGGAAUGGUUUUUGAGUCCAUGAUAGAAGUGGAUAAGUAUUUCAGGGAAUAUGGGCAGCAGAAUGGGUUUGGUGUUGUGCGUGCAAGCGGUGCAAAUAAUGGAAAAGGGGCAAAGAGGAAUUGUAGGUGGACAUGUGAAAGUUAUGGAAGGCCUGGUCGAAAGAGGAAAAAGAGUGAAGUGGGUUUAGUCACAGAUGCUCAAAUCAGUGAGGAUGAAGAGUUGUGUCCUAAGCGAAAGUCAAAAAAAUGUGAAUGCCCUGUGUUUGUAUAUGCACAUGUGAAUGGUGUAGGUCAGUGGGAGAUAACAAAGGCAAAAAUGGAACAUGAUGGGCAUAGUCCAACCCCUAGUAAAGCGAAGAGUAUAAGUAAAUUUCGGAAGAAGUUUUUGGUGGAAAAUCCCCAUAUUGUGAAGCAGCUAUUUCAAGAAAGAAGGGCAGGGGUGCCAGUUUCUACUAUUUACAAAAGUAUGGCUCGGCACAGGAAUGGGUUGGAGGGGAUGCAGUUUGAGCAAAAAGACUUACAUGAUGAAGUGUCUAAGGAAAGGAAAAGGGUAUUUGAAGAAGGUGAUGCAAAAGCCAUGUUUUCUUACUUUAAGAGAAUGGUAGAUGACAAUUCAAAUUUCUUUCACACAUAUCGAGUUGAUGAAGAAGGAAGGCUUAAGGAUGUGUUGUGGGUAGACGCAAGGAGUAGGGUGGCUUACGAAGAGUUUGGGGAUGUAGUUGUAUUUGAUUCCACUUAUUUGACUAAUGAAUACAAACUUCCUUUUUGCAACUUUGUAGGAGUGAACCAUCAUGGGCAAACCAUUCUUUUUGGAUGUGCGCUUGUCACCCGUGAGAAUGCUGAGACUUUUGAAUGGGUGUUCUCAAAUUGGCUUCGAUGCAUGGGCGACAAAGAACCUAUUGGGAUCCUUACUGACCAGGAUCCGGCAAUGAGGAAAGCUCUGAAGGUUGUUAUGAAAGGAACAACCCAUAGAUGGUGCAUUUGGCACAUCAUUAACAAGUUUGGAAAGAAGUUAGGCAAGCAUGUGAAGUACCAGGAGCUGAAGGAGGCGCUGAAGCAUGCUAUUUAUGAUAGUCUUGAUUGUGAGGAAUAUGAAGAACGUUGGCGUGACGUUAUCAAGAAAUUCGAAGUUGAAGAUGAUGAAUGGUUGGCAUGCUUGUAUGAAGAACGAGCAAUGUGGGUUCCAGCGUUUGUCAAGCAUUUGUUUUGGGCUGGGAUGAGGACCACGCAGAGAGUGGAAAGCAUUCACAGCUUCUUUGAUGGAUAUCUAAGUAGACACACCCUGCUGCAUGAAUUUGUUGAGCGUUACGUUGAGGCUCUUGAGGUUAGAGCUACAGCUGAAAAGAAAGUUGAUGAUAACAAUGCGAGAUAUGUGAGGAAGGCUUACAGUGACUUCCCAGCUGAGCUUAUAUUCCAGAAGAUCUAUACCGAUGCAAAAUUUAAAGAAGUCCAGCGUGAAUGUAGCCGGUCCCUUUAUGUUAGUCCAAUUGAAAAAGGACUUGUUUCUGAGAGUAUCAUUGAGCAUGUUGUUGAGGAUAGAGUUUGGUACAAGCCGAAAAACUGUACGAAGGAGAAACCUUCAAAGCGGAAGCGGAGAUACAAAAUAACCUUCGAUUGUGUUUCUAAAGAAGCUAGUUGCAACUGCAAGCACUUUGAAUGCCACGAUAUUAUUUGUCGUCACAUCAUCAAGGUUUACAAGCUGAAUGAUCACUAUGAGAUACCUGACAAAUUCAUUCUUAGGCGUUGGAGGAAAGAUGUGAUUAGGAAGCACACAAGGGUUAAGGUUGCUUACCAUGACCCAAACAAGACUGACGAGGUUUGUAGGUAUGAUAAAAUGAUGGUCAAGUUUGGUUCACUUAGCACGAAGGCCUGUGUUUAUAAAACCACAACUGAUCUAGUGAUCCAAAGCCUGCAAUUAUUAGAAAUUCAAGUGGAUGAAAAGCUAUCGAUGAUCAAUGGUAGUAAUGCACAAGGAGAAGGACGAGGGGAGAAGGGAACUCCUGUUACCCCUUCCACACAGAGACAAGGUAGCUGCUCUGAGGUACCAAAGGAUCCCCCAAUGCCGAAGAGGCCUGCUCACAGAACAACUGCUGUGAGAUUCCCUUCUUGUGUUGAGAAGUCUACAAAAGGGGGUAAGACAAACAACAAGAGAAAUACAAAAAAAUCCUCACAGGUUGAAAAUGAUUCACAGUGUACACCUUCAUAUGCUACACCUUCAUAUUCUCAGAUGGGUCCACCACACGGUUUUGUGUUUCCUUACAGCCCCCACUCUAUAGGAGGCAUCCAGAUGGUGGAUGCUGAUGGAUCAAUAGGGUAUUUCUCUGGUGUGUCAGGUGCGAAUACCCCCCAUACUCCAUCAGCCAACAUGUCGGGGACUGAUGGACAAUCUGUUUACCAUCAUCACUACAGACCAGUCAUUCCAUGUACAGAGGCGGUGGCGACCCCUAGUACCCCUAAUUCUGCAACACCACCUGCUUCCGGAAAUUACAGACCCAUUGCUCCUAAGCCUGUGUUCCUACCCUUUGGUCCUUACCACCAUCAGCAGUAUGUUCAGGCUUACCACCAUCAAUAUCUACAUCCAAACCAGCAUCCUCAUGAACUCCGUAUUCGUCCUAACGGCACUAACCAACACGCUAAUGGUACAGCCAAUACCCAAGUGACGAUGUCUGCAAAGUAG